CGUCGAAGAAGCGUUGAAAUGGUAUAUGGAAAAACUUCACGAACCCGGCGACUUUUUGAUCUUGGUACACACCCCGGAAUAUAAACAUCUAAUCACUAUGCCGAUGAUGACGGCGGACGUCGCUCUGAUGUCGCGGAUCGUGGACGAGGAGCAGCACGUGACCAAGGAGCGAAUGACGCAGUUCCAAACACUCCUGGACCAACUUGGCAUCCAGGGCGCUGUCAAGCAGAUGAGAGGUGAUCCCGGUCAUCAGCUGAUAGAGGCUGCGGUACAGGAGGGCGCUGUUUUCAUCAUCACCGGAAAUCGCGGCCUUGGGACGCUGAGGCGAACCUUGAUGGGGAGCGUCAGCGACUUCGUGGUCCACCAUUCGCCAGUUCCGGUCAUCGUUUGCCGCCUGCCACAAUCGCAUCGUUAGUUCCGGUGAUGCGUCCGAUCAUCGCUUCGGUCUUUCUGUCGUUUUUCUAGUUUAUAAAAUACCAAUGACAUUGUAUACGCCUUAACAUGUACUUCCCGUCGCCGUUUCAGCAAUUAUGAAAAUGUUAUGUUCCAGAAACACUUACUUGUGUGUGUGUUUGCGAAUGCAAGAUUUGUAACUAGUUUUAAAUACUGUCUUUAUUUCAACGUUUUGUUCGGGUUUCAGUUUGUGUUAUUUGAUUACUGAAGAGAACGUUUGGAUAAAAAAGGUCGGCUUAGAUAAUGCAUUCUGGAGAAUAAGUGUUGUUUUUUUAGUUGGUGCGUUGUUAUGUGUAUUAUUUUUAAUUUAUUGUGCAUUUUAGUCAUUAUUUUACUCAUAUUUGAUAUUUUAUAUGUAUAUUAAAGACAAUCAGUAUUACUAUCGUUCUCAAUACAUGUUUUUCCAAAUGCCUAUACUGUCAUGUUAAUAACCGAUUACAGUACAAGGUGUUUAUCAUGAUUACAAACGUUGCAAUUCUCAACGAAAAUAAAAGAGCGUUCAGGACUUUGAGAUAUAAUUUAAUUUAGCUGUUGUCACCCCAUGGAGUAGUCCAAAUAAUUAGACGUAAUCUACCGCUUACGUCUAAACGGCUACCGUCGUUUUCCUAUAGCAAAUUGAUUUCAACUUUGUUUUCAGUUGUUCUUGUUAAAUCUUUGCUAAUACAUACAAUUAUCAUUAGUUAGACAUAAAUGAGAACGAUUACAUCUAAAAUGUGUGAAAUUUUGCAAGGACACCAGUUUUGCAGAUUUUGAAAAUAAAAAUAAACAACACA